AAGUUCGAAAAAAACUGAAACCUAGAGUUCGGGUUCUAUUACAAUUUCAGUUUGAAGGAAACUAGUCACCCUAGUCUAUCGGGACUGUCUAAUCCUUUCUUUCUGCCAUACGCUUCAACCAUGAGAUUGAGAUUGAGAUUGAGAUUGAGAAGGUUAUGUUUUCUCUCUAAUCCUUCUGUUGUUAUUAUUCCCUUUUUACCCUUCAGAACCCUAUCAUCUCACUCCAAUUCUUUCCAUCCAUCAAUUACCUAUGAUAUUGAUGUUGGUAAUGCCGUUUCUUCAUUCUGUCAUUUACUCCAUUUACAUCAUACUCCACACAUUCUCCAAUUCAACAAAAUUUUAACUUCAGUUGUUAAGAUGAAUCAUUACCAAACUGCUAUUUCCCUUUUUCGACAUAUCGAAAUUAAGGGAAUUGUUCCAAGUAUUGUUACACUUGGUAUUGUUAUCAAUUGUUAUUGUCAUCUAGGUCAAAUGAAUCUUGCAUUUUCUGUAUUGGGAAAGAUUCUCAAAAUGGGUUAUAAACCCGAUACCAUAACCUUGAAUACACUUGUUAAAGGUAUGUGUCUUAAAGGUGAAGUUCGUAAAGCACUUCAUUUUCAUGAUAAAGUUGUUGCACAGGGGUUUCAUUUGGAUCAAUUUAGUUAUGGGAUCUUGAUUAAUGGAUUGUGUAAAAUGGGAGAAAUAAGCGCGGCUAUGGAGUUGUUGAGACGGAUUCAAGGAAAAUUGGUAAGGCCGGAUGUGGUAAUGUAUAGUACGAUUAUAGAUAGCUUAUGUAAAGAUAAACGUGUAAUUGAUGCUUAUGAUUUAUAUUCUGAAAUGAUUGGGGAGGGGAUUUUACCUAAUGAUGUCACUUACAAUGCUUUAAUAUAUGGUUAUUGCAUGGUUGGUCAAUUUAAAGAAGCAAUUGGUAUGAUUGAUGAAAUGGUGUUGAAAAAUAUUAAACCAAAUAUUUAUACUUUUAGUAUAUUGAUUGAUGCUUUAUGUAAAGAAGGAAAGAUGAAAGAAGCUAAAAAUGUAUUAGCUGUGAUGGUGAAACAAAGAGUGGAAAUAGAUGUUGUUACGUAUACUUCACUAAUGGAUGGGUAUGUCCUAGUUAAUGAAGUCAAUAAAGCCAAAGUUAUAUUCAACACUAUGGCCCAGAGAGGAGUGGUGCCCAAUGUUUAUUGCUAUAGUGUCAUGAUCAAUGGGCUAUGUAAGAUUAAAAUGAUAGAUGAAGCCAUGAAUCUCUUCAAAGAAAUGCAAAGCAAGAAUAUUGUUCCUAGUACGAUAACUUACAGUACUCUUAUUGAUGGUUUGUGUAAAUCAGGGAGAAUCUCUCGUGCUUGGAAGCUUCUUGAUGAAAUGCAUGAUAGAGGUCAACCUGCCAAUGUAAUCACUUACCAUUCCUUAAUGCAGGCUUUAUGUAAACACCAUCAUGUUGACAAGGUUAUUGCAUUGAUUAAGAAAAUUAAAGACCAAGGCAUUCAACCAGAUAUGUACACAUACAAUAUGCUUAUUGAUGGACUAUGCAAAGAAGGAAGACUCAAGGACGCACAGGUGAUGUUUCAAGAUCUUUUGAUUAAAGGCUAUAAUGUAACAGUCUGGACAUAUAAUAUUAUGAUCAACGGUCUUUGUUUAGAGGGCUUGUUUGAUGAAGCUUUUGCCAUGCUGCAAAAAAUGGAAGACAAUGGUUGCAUUCCUGAUGUGGUAACUUAUCAAACAAUUAUUUACACUCUCUUUGAAAAUAAUGAGAAUGAUCAUGCAGAGAAACUUCUACGUGAAAUGAUUGCUAGAGGUCUUUUGUAAGAGAAAGACAAGUUGAGAUGAUCUCUUGUUGCAUAUUAGGUUAUCUUGAUUUUUAAUGGCAAUGAUCGAAAUUUUAGUAUUUGUUUAUACAUAUACUUUAUAGUUACAUAUACAAAGGAUGGUGAACUACACAAUGAGCUCACUAUUACUUUAGUUUUGAUAAAAAGUCAGGUGUUGUUAUUAAAAUGAUACCAAUGCUUGUUUUUUUAUUCUUGACUUAGUUAUAUUUUUCUUUCCAAUGUGCUGCCAAUUUUCUUCGUAUAGUCUUUUCAUUCAUUAGUCAUUCUUUGUGUUUCUAAUAAAAUACCAUGCUGAUACUGAUGAGUUAUGAAUACUUUACCUUUUAUUGUUUACCCUAUUUUCCCUUAGCUAUAGAAAGUAGAACUGUUUUAUAUUUCCGUGGUAGAUAUUGAUUAUAUGGAAGAUAAUCCAACAGACAAAUAGUGAUAGACCAACAAAGACUUUAUGUCCAACUAUUAAAAAGGAUUUAGAUAUAAUAUUUUGUCUUUACUAAAUUAUGUUGAUGAUGGUUCAUGUAGUCGACCCCAUUUAGAGGAAAGAAGCAUUUUCUUUCUGUGCAUUGUUUUCGCAAAAAGGGAAAAAUGUACGGAUUCAAUCUUUUCUGUUUGUACCAUCUGAGUUUUCUUUAGGGCAACAAUUGUUGAUAUAUUCUUUGAAGUCAUUGCUGGCCGUUCAUUUGGAGCAUUUUCUAAGGCAACAGCUGUAAUUAUUUCAGGAAGAAAAGGCGUGGAGUUACAUGUCAAUGAUGUUGUCAUUGUCAGACUAUAUGUGAACUGAACUAUUAUUUAUGGACAUUGAAGGUACUUGGACAGUUAAUUCAUAAUUAUUUUCUUCUAAACUCUAUUUACAUGUUACUAAUUAAAUAGUUAUGUUCUUUUUGGUAAUUGAUUAAUUAAACUAGAUUAAUUUUCCCUAUGUUUGGUUUAGCCACUGAUUUUGAUAUUUUGUUUUUAUUUUGAUGUUAUUGUAAACUCUCUUGGAUUGUUGAUUCUCUGCCAUCUUGGUUGUGGACAUCCCUAAGCAUUGAAGCUGCCUUUAUGUGCGUUCAAGGCGUUGGACAGUGAUGGUGUUGGGAGGUUGUUGCGGCUGGAAAGCGAAAUCAGUAAAUUUCAGUAGCUGCCUAUGAGGAUUGGAUUGCACAAGUGUGACAUGAUUGAGACCUUGUCCGAUUUUGAUGGUGGCAAUUGAAGUGUAGGUUGUUUAACUUACAUGAUUAUAUGAUGUGAUAUUAGUUUUGUAGGUCCUGGAUUUGUGUAUAUAUGUAUUUAUGAGAACUUUCAUUUUCAUGUUCGUUGGAUUUAGAAACUGUGUAUUAUCAUUAUGUAAUACCUCCCUUGUCAUUUGAAAAUCUAUUGCAAAUCCAAAGAAAAAAUUUAUAUGAGGAUUUACUUUUUUUUAGGCUUAAUUGCAUAUUUUGUCCCUUAUGUUUAUUUUAGGUUUUAAUUUG